GUCGACACUUUUACUUUCUUUUGAUGGCCAACAAAAACAGUAUCUGUUUCCAGUGCCUUUUGUGCGGCUUUUGGCCAAAAAGGUUUGGGUUAUUAAGUCAUUUUGAUGGUAAAACGAAAGAAGAAAAAUAAUGAUAAUUACCUUAAUGGAAAUGUUUUGACUGGCUUUUCAAUAUUGGGCGGUAUACAGCUGAUAAGUAAUGUAAUUUUAAUAACAUAGGUAUUGAUUGGCAGUUAUUGACGAAUUAAUUUUAAUUUAUAAAAUAAAACUUUCGCAAUUUCUAUUAUUUUUACACAUGUGACUAGGAAAUAAGACUAUUGUGUGUAAUACUUGUGUGUCAUGUGAAAUGAUAAAAACAGUUUUUUGGAGUUACGUCAGUUUUGUGUGAUAAGAUAAUUUGAACAUGGUUACAAUUGACAGUUGAUUACAUAUCCGACUCGAUGCUUCACUGUACUGCUACUCUUGAAAAGUUUCUUGUUUCCGACUGUUACGCCCUACGCAUCCGAAAUUUAGCCUCCCCCCUCGAGGCCCUCUUUCGUACCCAUAUUUAAUUAACUGGCCGAAAACGUAAAACACAAUCGAAAUGUAAACAAAAGAAGCUAACACGUCACAGUACGCAAUGUUGUUGUCUGAUCGAAAGUUUUUCGUAUUUCGGCAUUCUUUUUUAUUAUUUUUUUUAGUUGCUGCAGGGCCUUUGCAGAAGUUCGUUGAUGUGGUUUUUGUAACCGGCGCGCUGGCCUGAACCAUUGACAGUCUUCGAAUUGGUCUUCAGUUGGGUUCGCGUCGCGUUGCGUAGAGGUUGAGGUUGAAUUUCCGAGAGAGUCGCUUCCGUGAAAGUGAAACCAUCCGAAAUUAGUGGCCAAAUCAAGAUGCGGUGCAGCCUGAGGAUGCGGCUGAUCCUGCUUUUGGGGCUCUGUGUGUUCAUCUGCAGGACUCAGGGCCAGCUGAUUGGCGGCGAGGAGGACGAAGAGGACGAGGAGGAGGAGGAAGAGGAGGAGGAGAGCGUCGAGGACGAAACGCUGGAGGAGCGACUGCAGCGCAAGAACAUCAAGCAGGACUCGACCCUCAGCGUGGACAAAUUAAUCGCCAAGUACGGCUACGAGGCGGAGGUGCAUCAUGUGACCACCGAGGACGGAUACAUCCUCACCAUGCACCGCAUCCGCAAGCAGGGCGCCCCGCCCUUCCUCCUCCAGCACGGACUCGUGGACAGCUCGGCGGGAUUUGUGGUAAUGGGUCCCAACGUGAGCCUGGCCUACUUGCUGGCCGACCACAACUACGAUGUUUGGCUGGGGAACGCGCGGGGCAACCGCUACUCGAGGAACCACACCACCCUCGACCCGGAUGAGUCCAAGUUCUGGGACUUCAGUUGGCACGAGAUCGGCAUGUACGACCUGCCCGCGAUGAUUGAUCAUGUGCUGAAGGUCACCGGGUUCCCGAAGCUGCACUACGCCGGCCACUCGCAGGGCUGCACCUCCUUCUUCGUGAUGUGCUCCAUGCGGCCCGCCUAUAACGCCAAGGUCGUCUCCAUGCAGGCCCUGGCCCCCGCCGUUUACGCCAAGGAGACCGAGGACCACCCCUACAUCAGGGCCAUCAGCCUGUACUUUAAUAGCCUGGUAGGCAGCUCGAUCAGGGAGAUGUUCAACGGGGAGUUCCGCUUCCUGUGUCGCAUGACUGAGGAGACCGAGCGCCUGUGCAUCGAGGCUGUGUUUGGUAUCGUGGGUCGCAACUGGAACGAGUUCAAUAGGAAAAUGUUCCCCGUAAUCCUGGGUCACUAUCCGGCCGGAGUGGCUGCCAAGCAGGUGAAGCACUUCAUCCAGAUCAUCAAGAGCGGCCGAUUUGCGCCGUACAGCUACAGUUCGAAUAAGAACAUGCAGCUGUACAGGGACCACCUGCCCCCGCGUUAUAACCUGAGUCAGGUGACCGUGCCCACCUUCGUGUAUUACUCCACGAAUGAUCUGCUGUGCCACCCCAAAGAUGUAGAGUCCAUGUGCGAUGACUUGGGCAACGUGACGGGGAAGUACUUGGUGCCGCAGAAGGAGUUCAACCACAUGGACUUCCUCUGGGCCAUCGAUGUGCGGAAAAUGCUCUACCGGCGUAUGUUGCAGGUCCUUGGAAAACUGCCUGAGGACAAGCAUGAAGAGGCUAAUCGAUCCAGGCGAUCAGUUCGUGGCAGAGCGAUACUAUCUUAAGUACCUGAAAAUGUUUGAAAAUGUUUCUCUCAUAUAUUUAAGUAUUUAUUUAACCAAUAAUUAUAAUUAGUACAUUACACUAUAGGAUUUGUUUUUAUAGAAUUGGGAGGAGAAAUUAUAUUUGUAUUAAAAUACAGAAACCUUUUGACACCAAAUUUCAUAUUUAUUUAUUUAUUUGCUCUUCGCUGCACUUUGCUUUAAAUAUGGAAAGGAUGCCCCUAUUUGCAUAGCAUUUCAAAUUUUCAAGUAUACAUGGGGAACUUGAGCGGAAACGGAAGUCAAGUGUUUCUUUCGCCCCACAAAAGCCGUAACAGAUUUUGCAUCAGCAUCAGCCAGCUGGCGGGCCAAGAUACAUGCAUUUGUAAGCAGAUUUCCUGCGAGCACAAUUUUCCAUUUUCCCCAGCGACUGCUAGUGGGCCAACAGCUGACACCGGGGCUAAGAAGCUGCCGCUUUUCCUGCUUUUUCCGUCCCCAUUUAUAUUUUCUUGGCUUUUUCGGCCCACAUUGUCUAGCCAUUUGCAUUUCUGUGGAGCUCAGCUCCGCACAUCUGCGCUUUUCCUGAUACACCAGCAGCCAAGUUAAGUGAAAAACUGUGUCUAAGUUGGCGACAACGGGGUGGCACGUUGCCCAGAUCGACCCAACUUGAAAG